GCCGCAUGUCGCGGCGCAGCGGGCGCAGCGAGAGCCCAGGUCCGUGAGAGGUGGCAGAACCCACUGCAGCGACGCUGUCGUCACCCUGCCUCUCUCGCACUCACGGGGCGUCCCUUGCAGGCGCGAGAGAGACAGAGCGGCGCGGAGGCCACCCUUCCGACACCCGGUGCUGCGGGAUGCCUAUCUCAGGCGUACCAUUCCUGUCUCUAAACGUGUCGCCCGCGUGCCUUGCAGCUCCAGAUGGCGGACCACUAUGACGCCCAGCGCCGCCCGACCACCAUGGCGGGGUGGGAAGGGCGCAAGCAGAAGUUCCCGGAACUGUUCCGAAGCGACGUCAGCAUCUGCCCCAGCUACUCGCAGUACCAGGUGCCCUACUGGUCCGUGUGCCGGCGGCGCUACGCGGCCUCCAUGCGGCGCAUCAACCGGAUGCUGGCCGAGGACAUCGAGGACCUGGCCCUGCUGCAGACGCGCGCCCUGGACGGCGUGCGCGUGGUGCGCUGCUUCAGCCUGGGCGCGCGGCCCCACCCGCCGCCCCCCGACCCGCUCACCAGCAAGCAGCGGCGCCGCGUGGAGCAGCUGCUCAGCGGCCAGGUCUGCUAG